AUGGCCGACUAUAAAGAACAGCAACUCCGGCAUUCAAAACUUAUCAUACGAACACCCGAAGUCACAAUCUGGAAGUGUCUUCGCGACAUGGCCCUUGCUCUGGAUUACUUGCACAACAUGAAUGACGAGUUUGGCUUCGUCCACAACGACGUCAAACCAGACAACAUCCUAGUCGAGUUUCCCAAAGGCUGGAAUCCAAAAGAUGGGAUCCCCGAUGAACCGGUAUUCAGAUUGACCGACUUCGCUCGUAUGACACGAUAUCCUCUACUUGAAGGCGAGAAGCCCAAAAAAGACUUUCUCGGUACACCCGAAUACGCACCACCGUUAGUUGAACAAGAGAAUCAGCGCCCAUCCGUUGAUAUCUGGGCUCUGGGUGCGACCUUACAAACGCUCGCUUUGAGAACAUAUCCUGUCCAACCGCGGGAGGCUUUCGUCGAGAGUCAGAUAAAGGCAAAGAAACCCGCACCUACCCUGAUUGACGAAGGCGCUUGGAAACAACUAAAAUGGCGUCUUCUCAUACCCACCGUUUAUCGCCCCCUCGACGCUACACAAGAGGAACUAAUGAAUCACCACGACGUCCGCAUGUCCAUCUGCGCCAACGGUGCCGACGCGUACAGGGCUUGGAAGCAUUGGCCGUAUACUAGAACACUCAACACCUGGUAUAAGAGCAUGUGGGAACGAGACGAGGAGAAAAGAAUUACGGCAAAGCAGCUUGUCGAGUGGUAUGUUCCGUUAGUUGCGAGGUAUAUUCGUAUCGCGCGGCAUACGGAAAAGGCGGAAGAGUGCUUUGAGAAGGCGGCGAAGUUGAGGGACGAAGUUGAGGGGAGACAGCAAAAUAGGGAGCUGAGGUCCAGGGCGAUUGAGCAUUUGAAUGCGCCUAGCUAUGAAGGUAAUGGUUAUGGUGCUUUUUGA